AGGUAAAAAAAAAAAAUCAAAUAACAAAUAAGGAGAUUAGAAAGUGCUCGUUCUCCCAAGGGCUGCGGCUGCAAUACCUUUGAUUGACACUGCAUGCAGUGUAUGGGGUGGAGACGCAGGGUGGGGUCAGGGACAGGGAGAGGCGGAGGAGAGAGAAAAAAAUCUACCCGAACUGAGCAACAACAGAGAGGGAGAGCCACACAGAGAAAAGAGGUUUUUCAAAGCGAAAGCUAUGGUCUAAGUCGCCCCGAGAAAAGGAAUUUAAAUGAAAAUAAACUGCCGGAGAAACCGUAACCCCACCCGGGCGCCCCCCUCCUCAGCAUCUGCCGCUGCCACCGAGAUGCACACGGAGGUUCUGAAGAACAAGAAAGACCCCCAGGAUUGACAACUCGGCAAAAAUGAGAUUCAAACAACACUUAGCACAGCCAAUCCCAAGGAUUCCUUUCCCAGCAGCACACUGACGCCUGAGGGGAUGCCAGCCAUAGAAGUCAAGCUGGAGCCCAUAGAACCGGGAGCUUCGUACGAGCGGGCUGCAGAGACAGCCAAGCCAGCAGGGGGCGCUGUGAAGAUGGAGUCCUCAGCUUCCUCCUCCUCACCCCCGCCUCCCCCACUCUGCGAAAUCAAAACGGAGCCCCCGGUGGAGCUGCUGUUCAGUGACCAGACCGAACCUGUUGACUUGUCCCUGAACAAGCCCCGUCUCUCGCCCCCAGUCUGCUUCACCCCUUCAGUCACGCACAACCCCCCACCCCUCACCCUGGGCUCCACCAUCCCCGCGGUCCUCUCCCCUGGCUCCAUCCUGGCCUCCACACAGGGGGCGGACGGCCAGCAGAUCCUGCAUGUCAUCCACACCAUCUCCUCCGUCAACCUACCCAGCAAGAUGGGCAGCCUGCAGACCAUCCCAGUGGUGGUGCAGUCGAUGCCCGUGGUCUACAGCACCAUGCCCAGCGACGGACUGACAGGCUCCAUCACAGUGCCCCUCAUCGGCAGCGACGGCAAAUCUGAGGGAUCGGUUCGGAUCAAGCCUGGCUCCGCCUCCCCAGUAGAAAUCAACAGCGACAGUGACACAGAGAGUGGCACAGAGACCGGCGUCACUUCCUACCACCCACUGCAUUCUGGGAUGGGCUCCACCCCACAUCGGCAGGCCCCCGGGUCUCCAGAGAUGAAGAGGAGGCGUGUCCACCAGUGUGACUACGACGGCUGCAACAAAGUGUACACCAAGAGCUCUCACCUGAAGGCACAUCGCCGCAUACACACAGGGGAGAAGCCAUACCACUGCACAUGGGAGGGAUGCACGUGGAAGUUUGCCCGCUCCGAUGAGCUGACACGACACUUCCGCAAGCACACCGGGAUCAAGCCCUUCCGCUGCUCCGAUUGCGACCGAAGCUUCUCGCGCUCCGACCACCUGGCUCUGCACCGGCGUCGACAUGUCAUGUUGUGAGGGGCGGGGCCUCUGCACACACCACGCCCACAUGGGGAUGGCUCCACUUGCCCUGGGGGAGGGAGGGAAUUGCCAGCUGUACGCCGUGCUGAACUGGACGGGUACAGACCGUGACUCCAACUGUUUCCUGAAGUGGAUGGGUCCUACAGGAUGGAGGCGGGGUUUGUAUCCGUUAGCAAUGGGAGUGUUCUGGUCCCCUCUGCUGUCAAAGAUGCCGGCCUGUGUGUCACUCAGCGGUCGCCAUCUUUAUUAUUUUGGAAACUAAAUUUAAACCAAUAUGAGUAAGUAAAUAAGGAAAGGGCAGGGCCAAACAACAACAACAACAAAAAGGCUACAGUCGAUGCAAAGAGCUUGAGGCGACAAGGCUACAAAAUCAAAAAAUGGCGGCCUUUUUUGUAAUUCUUUUGAUGCGCUGUAAGAUGAUUUUACAAAAUUUCAAAUGUAUUACUGUAAAUAAAAUAAUAAUAUACAUGCAUAGCUGAAGUUCUAAGGUAAUUGUGUUAUUUAAAGAGUAGUGGUUUUAGCUGGCUGCCAUUUUCUGAUUCCCCUUUAUUACAGCCCCUGCCUUCAGCCUUGCCUUCACACUGAGCAUUCUCACUGUGAGGGAUCUUUAAAACGUUCAGCAUGGUUGGACUUUAGACAUGGCACCUGUGGAUGCCUUAGAAAUGAACACAGCAAGAGAAAGAAAGAGAGGAGAGAAAAUGUUUCAAGACUGUGAAUUUUUCCUUUUUGUUUAAAUAAAUAAAUGGCUGUGUUUUUUUUAAGGGUGGUACAAGAACAGUAUUUUUUAGGGGCAUUGAAAAAUCAAAGCAAAAAGAAAUUCUCCUUCCACUUGUAGAUUUCCAAUUGGAAAAAGUCUCCCUUCCCAUUUGAAAUGGAUGAUUGUAAGGUUCCAAGGCACUACGGUUUGUUUUGUAGCUUCUUGAGAAACAUUUGUGAGUCUUCACAUUGACGUCUCGUAAAAUGCAAUAGCUUUGCUUGUUUGACAUUUUUUGCUCACUCGGUUGGCUCACGUUGAAACUUGAGUGAUGUUCUCUUGCCAACCCGCAAGAACCCUGCUGUCCUGGGACACAGCUGCUGGCUGCUACACACUUGCACAUAGCUGUGAUACAGUUGAAAUAUAUCAAAUAUAUGACAGUUUAGCAGCAUUGGUAUUUUAUCAUUUUUAAGACUGUGAAAAAGCCUUGCGAUAGAUUAGGAGACAGUGCUGCCCCACGGUUCCUGCUGUUGCAGCUUGUGAAUCUUUGUUUCAUAUCUGCCGCUUGUGGAAAAUCACCUGUUGAAUCUUGCCAGGUCAGUUAUUCUACUGCCGGGAUAGAGAGGUUUAUGUAACUCUUUUGAAGAAGGAUUUAUGGAUUUAUAUUCAAUUAUGGAUUCAUGCCUAGACACUACCUUGUGUAGGAGUAGGCAGUUAAAUGGCUACUUAAGAGCAGUUGCACAACUGGUUGUGUUGAGCAGACCAGGGUUUUAAACUGGUCUACUCAAGCAGCUUAUAUGUGCCCCAUUCCUGGCUGGCUGCUGUUUCAGUUACUGACAUGCAAUUUAAGUGUUGACUGGGGGAUUUCUAGCAGCAACUGGUAGCACUACAAAGUUGCUAAGUGUAGACCCAGCUUAAGACUGGCUUUUUGGUUCCACUUCUGCAAGCUGGUACGACAGAGAAACAGUUUGGUUAUAGCAGGAGCACCAGUUUUCUUUUCUUGAAGAUUUUUCCCUCUGGAACAAUUUUAAAGAACAAAAAAGGGCACUUUUUUCAGAUUUAAUUUUACUUUGCUUUUAUGAUGUUUUAUCUA